AUGGCCCUAGAAGCAGAUGCUGGAUAUGAAGACAUUCUUCAGUUUCGUUUCUCCGACAUUAUUGCCAAGAAAUGUAAUGGAUCAGCACUAACAUCAGAGGAGAUCCGAUAUGUGGUGCAGGCAGCUUUGACAGGCCAGGCUGAAGAGAGUCAGCUAGGUGCACUACUCAUGGCCAUCCGAAUUCGUGGAAUGGACCCGAAAGAGACGCUGACUCUUACAAAGGAAUUGGUAGCUUCAGGUCACGUGCUCCAGUGGCCAGAAGAAUGGAAUGGGUUUUUGGUGGAUAAACACUCCACAGGAGGAGUAGGGGAUAAAGUUAGCUUGCCUUUGGCACCGGCACUUGCUGCUUGUGGUUGUAAGGUUCCAAUGAUCAGUGGACGAGGGUUGGGACAUACAGGAGGGACACUCGAUAAAUUGGAAUCUCUCCAAGGAUUCAGUGCAAAACAAAGCCCUGCACAGAUGCAGAAGAUUUUGCAAUCAGUCGGCUGCUGCAUUGUUGGACAGUCUGGAGAUCUAGUGCCAGCUGAUAAAAUUUUCUAUGAAAUUCGAGAUGUGACAGCAACGGUAGAUAGUCUGCCACUGAUCACAGCUUCAGUGAUGAGCAAGAAAGUAGCUGAGAAUGUUUCAGCACUGAUCUUGGAUGUCAAAUUCGGAGAGGCUGCUCAGAGCCCAACCAUAGAGGAGGCAAGAAUUCUGGCAGAGAGUCUUGUCAGUGUUGGGGUCUCACUUGGGACGCCCACGAUAGCGCUGCUUUCUAACAUGGACAGCCCCAUUGGUCGUUGUGUGGGAAACACUCUGGAAGUAAUAGAAGCACUAGAGUGCCUGGAAGGGGCUGGUUCGCAGGACCUACGAGAACUGGUGACAAGGACAGGUGGUCACCUCCUUUGGUUAUGUGGUAAGGCUGACUCAGAAGUUCAAGGAGCAGAAGCCAUUGCCAAAGCCCUGGACAAUGGAUCUGCUCUUCAGUGUUUUCGAGCAAUGUUGGAGGCCCAAGGGGUACACUCUGAUAUAGCAAGGAACCUCAGCUCCACAAGCAACUUCCGCAAAGCAUCCCACCAACAACUGUUGCGGGUUGAUAAAGCAGGCACAGUUAAAAUGAUCCGAGCAAGACCUAUUGCUGAAAUUCUGAAUGCACUGGGGGCUGGGAGAAGCCGAGCCACUGAUAUCAUAAACCACAGUGUUGGAGCUGAGCUGUUGGUGGAAGUGGGGCAACAUGUAGAGAAAGGAGACCCCUGGAUUAGGAUCCAUUAUGAGAGCCCACCACUCCAGGAUAAGCAGAGGCAGUCUCUGCAGGCUUCAAUUUCCAUCAUAGAUUGCCCACCAUUUACUCCACCAUCACGUAUCCGGGAGAUCAUCACCCACCAGGGCAAGAGUGAAGAGACUGGGACAAACAUGAGGAGAGAGGGGGAGACCAGCUGAAAUAAUAUGUGACAUUUUAUCAUGUAAAAAAAUGGCACUAAUUACUCACAAACGUAUUGUUGUAGUAUUUAACCCCUUAACGACCAAUGAUGUGCCUGGCACGUUAUGGCAUUAAAUGAGCUUGGAAAGAUUGC